AUGAUUCGCAUCCUCUCGCAGCUCGCCGUGGAGCGCAACUGGUGGAGCUUCAGCGUCAACCCGACGCCCAUGGGCAAGCAGUUCAUUGUCCAGCCCCAGUCCCAGUGGGAGAGGGACAGGGAGCGGCAGCAGGCCAAGGAGGGCAGUGCCCCACCGCAGCCUGCACACCCGCAGCACCAACAGGUGCAGCAACCCCAGCCCAACGAGUCGCCCGAGGGGUGGACCAGGGUUGGGAAGGGCGGCAUGCCGGACAGGUUCACCAUGAGGAACCCUGGCCGCAAGCCGCCGGGCAAGGCGGUCAAGCGCAAGCCUGACCGCCAGCCCGCACCCAAGGGAGAAGAUCUGUGGCUGUGGGACUGA